GGGUAGCGUUGAGAUUAUUAAUCCAAUGGACAUUAAUCCAAUUGGAUAGUGAAUACCACACUAAUUUAAUAGGAUUAUUAAUACUUCACUAUUAGUCUUGUGAAUCAAACAUGACCUUAGUGCCUUUGACUGCUUCUAAAACAGCACUUGUUCCCAAAUUUUAGCCAUCUUAAUCAGUUAGCUGGUUGGAAUUAAUGCAGUUACCAUUGGCCAGUGACGUUGACUUGGAAGCCAUUGCCUAUGUGACAGAAGGAUUUAGUGGAGCUGACCUCCAGGCUCUUCUAUCUGAUGCACAGCUUGCUGCGGUCCAUGACCUUCUAGACAGUGCAGAGAGCGACAAGCCUGGAAAAAUGCCAGUCAUCACGCGUAGUCUUCUGAAUUCUGUUGCUUCCAAGGCAAGACCAUCUGUGUCGGAAGCAGAAAAGCAGCGAUUAUAUGGCAUUUACAACCAGUUCUUGGAUUCAAAAAGAUCUGUUGCUGCACAGUCAAGAGAGGCAAAAGGCAAAAGAGCUACUCUAGCCUGAGAUUUGAAGCAGAGACUGCAGUGACGGAAUGUGGAGAGCAAAUGGGCAACACUAACAUUAUCAUUAGCCAACAUUGCCCAUUACUCGAGAAGUGGGGCCCGUCACUCAGUCAAACAAAGAGAGAGGGAGAGAGAGAGAGAGAGAGAGAGAGAGUCUGAUUUGGUGAUACAUUUUUUCCUAUUUGCUGCAGGUUUGCUCAGUUGAUCGGUGCUCUUAUUAUUUGCAAAUAAUAAGGAAGGCUUGAUGAUAGCCCUUCUGUGAACAUUUACUCUUACUUUAUGAGAAAGGCAACUUUUUCCUGUACCUACACUUCGGUGUUGUAAAAGUUAUAAUUUGAGAGAAAAAUAGCAAGGGUUCUGCUGGGUAGCUCAAAAGUUGCUAUCCCGAAUGGCUCGAAUUUGAAAAA